AUGUAUAUUUAUUUGUAUUCUGGUAAAUGCAUCUUUUUUUUUGUGGCUUUUUUCUAUGUGACACACCCUCAGUUAACCCCAGACAACUUUUUUUGCUUUAUUGUGUUAAAAAGUUGUAAAUUUAAUGUAAGUUUUAUAGUGUUUAAAACAAAUGGUUCUUGCAUGGCUUUAUUUGUUCCUCCUCAAGAUCUAGAGUCCCUUGAUACACUUGUCACUGUAAAAGAACAGGAAUGGCGUAGUCUUAUGCAGCAACAAAUAAGUAAACUUAAAAACGAGCUAGUCGAAAAAGAUAAACAAAUCAGUUUACAAAAAAUACGCUUUAAUAAACUCAAAGAGGAUUUUGAGUACAACCUUGAUCUACUAUCAAAAAGAGACAUUGAGCUUGAAAAGUACGAUGUUAUACUUGAAAAAUUAAAAGAAAGUGAAAACUUGAAGGAUGCUGAAUUGAAUGAAACAAGAUUAAAAAUGGAAUUUCUUGAAGAAAAAAUGUGUAUUAUCAUAAAAGAAAAUGAAAAUAAUCAAGACUUUUAUAAAAAGAAAGUAAAAUCACUUCAAGAUGAAAUAAGUGUUUUGAAGGAGAAGAAUGAAAUUGAAAUUUCAAAAGAACGUCUGCGAUGCGAGGAGGUGAAAAAUGUUUUUCAUAAACAAAUAAGUGAAUUGCAGGAAAGUUUUGAAAUGCAAAAAAAAAGUCUUAUUUAUGAAAAUGAAACUAAGUUAUGUCAACAAAAAAAAGAUCAUCAAGUUAUUCUUGAUGAAAAAGAAACUGAACUAUUUGAAAACCAACUGAAGGUCAAGAUGCUGUCAAUAGAACUUGAAUUGUUGCAAAAAUCUUCCUCUUUGGCAACUGACAAUGCUGCAGCAGAUCAGGAAAAAUUAGUAAAGUUUGAAAAAUUGUUAGCACAAAAAAUUAAGGAGAUUGAAAGUGUAAAUUUAAUAAAAGACAUUCAACUCAAAGAUUUAGAGACUAAAGUUGAAGAGUUUAUUCAACGUUCAAAAAAAAAAAGGAUAGAAAUUAAGAAAAAAUGCAAUGAAUUGCAAAAUUGUUGUGCCAGACAAGAUGCAUUUGUAGAAACUUUAAAAAAUUCAGCUAAUAAUCGAGAAGAAAUUUUCAAAGAAAAAUUAAAAAUAUAUAAUGAACAAAAUGAAGCACUAAGCUUUCAGCUAAAGCAAAAUAAUUUAAAAUAUAUUACUAAUGAAAAAACACUAGAAACAAAGUUGCACAGUGCGCAACAAGAAAUAGAGCAUUUAAAGUUUAGAUUACAGCAUUUGCAAGACAUUCAAAGUCAAACUACUGUAACCAGAGAUGUGGAUUUUGCAGCGCUAAGUUUAUCUGAAAAUAAUUUGAAAUAUGAACUAGAUAAUUGUAGAAUUGAUCUUAAAAAACUUCAACAAGAGUUAGAGUUUUCACUUGAGAGGGAGAAGACACUAAAAGAAAACAAGGAGGUACUAAAGGAAAACAACAUAUCUGAAAAAAAAUCAAAGACGCUUUUAGAAAAUAAAUUAAAUGAAAUAUUGGAGAACCACAAAAGUGUUAUUGAAAAUUUUGAAAAAAAGCAAGAAAAGUUAGAUAUAGUUAUUCAGAAAAAAGAGGAAGAGUUGUUACGCAAGGAACACACAAUACAAAAAUUAAAAACUGACUUGUUGUCAGUUGAAGCACAAAAUCAUCAAUUGAAAGUGGUUAUUAAAGAAAUGCGUGCAGAAAUGGUAUUACUGAGUGAACAAAUGAAUGCUGCGCCAAAUGAAACAUAUUUACAGUCUUUGGAGGCGGAAAUUGCAUUGUUAAAAUCUACAAAUCGCGACUUAAAAAACAAAUUACAAGAUCAUGUUACAACAUUAGAUGUGUUUCAAAAUGAAAAUAGUAAAUUAUUGGCUUUACUAAAAACAAAAGAUUUCACUUAUUUGAAGAACAGUAUAAAUUCUUUUGAAAAUGAAACAAAACAAAAAAUGAUUUCUAUGGAAGCUGUUUGUUUUGACUCUUCUUUGGGGAUAAAGAAUUUCAAUCAACAAGAAGUUGCUGCUAAGAAAAAAAAGGUUACUGAGCAAACCAAACCAGAAUUUGAAAAAUGCUAUACACAUGGACUUGCAUGUAAUUUUAAUGCCACUUGCUUCAAUUCAGGGCUGUCUGAUUUUCAAACGGUUUUUGGAAAAGUGGCAGAAAAUCAGCAACUUGAUUAUACUAAAGUUUGUCCUAACCAGCAUUGUUCUUCUAUGGAGUUUUGUAAGUAUAAAUGGAAGUUAAAGUUGGCAGUUGAUCGAAUUAAGAACUUGUUGAUUGAAAGAGCAAAAAUGAUAAACAAUAGUAAUCGGCUUCGAGCUGAUUUUAAAUCUCUACAAGAAAAUCUUGAAGAAGGUUACCGAUCGUUAGAAAAUUGCGGUGAAAUUAAUCGUCAAAAACAAGUUCUUUUGCAAAGUUUGCCAGAUUUGCAAAAACAAGCAAAUGUAGUUACAUCGGUAGAUCUAAAAGUUUCAUCAGCUCUCGCGAAUUCGCCGAAAUCGAACCUUUCAGAAAGUUUAGAGAAUCAAAAAAAUCGAAAUGUUUUGAGAGACGGACACGGUGACGGAGACGGAGUUUUUUUAAAUAAAGAACCCCAAGAUUGCAUUUCAGACGAACUCAAAGAAACUUCAAAUUCAGUUGUCAAUAAUUUAAUAUCCUUAUCGAGUGAUUCAUCUUUGAAAGAGGUAUGGAAAUUACUUGAUAUGGGUGACUCGUUUUCAACUGUUGAAAGUAAACAAGAAGCAGAUCUUGCUGUUUUAGGCAAACCAGUUUUAGUCGAGCAAAAGCUUUUAUACAAAAAAAACUUCAUUGCUCCAAAGUUAUGCGUAAAAAAAAAGUUUGUUAGAAAUUACAACGACAAAAGUGAUAACAAUUUUUCUAAUGCCUAAUUAUGUAUUUUUUUUUUUUAAUAUCAUUCCCAUUUUA